AUGGACAUAAGUGAAAAUGAGACAGACGUCAGUACUGAAUCUGUGAUAAGCGAAGAAAGUGAUGGAAGAUCAACAAAAACACACCUAAGUAGUCCAAUAAGACGAUAUAUUGGAUCACAACAUGAAAAACGCAAGUAUGAGGAAGAUAGUCAAAAGUUUGAGGAUCUGAAACGGAAUUUAAACUUAGGGAGGGCCAAGCGUGUUAGAGUACCGCCAAACCAUGAUCCAGCACAUGGAACGAAUAAUGGUACAAGGAAGACAUGGGCAAUUGAAUGUACACCCGAAUCCAAAGCUGAAUUGUGUAUUCAUAAGCGUAAAAUUGACGAUCUGGAGAAAAACAUCAGUGAUUUAAUUUACCAGAGGUCGAAGACUAGAAUGCUUGUUGUAUCCGGUCCCAGUGGCAGCGGAAAGAGUACAGCGGUAAAACUUUUGGCUGGAGAAAUAAUGUCCAGAAAAUUGUCCUUGUAUCGACAAAACAUGCUUGGAUCUGAAAUUAGUGAUAAUUUGAACAAAUCAACGGGUUCAAGUGAGGAUCAUAUUGUGGAGUUUAAUAUACUGAGUGAAUCUUCCGCUGGGAAAUCAUCAGUUUCUUAUUUUAGUGAAUUUUUGAGUCAAUGCAAACUUCUAACUGGCCUGAAUGAGAAAUGUAUUAUAGUUGAGGAACUUCCAAAUAUAUUUCAUAAAGACACGCAUUCCAAUUUCCAAGGUGCAAUUUGGGAUUGGAUCUCUUCUAAUGAUAUCCGAUUGCCACCUUUAAUUAUGUGCCUAACAGAAUUUGAUAUUGAUAAUGAUCUCGACUAUAAUAAUGGUACGACUUUUACGAUUGAAAAUACAGUUAAAGUUGAAACGGUCUUAGGUCACAAGCUGAUGCUAUUGGAGAAUAAUGGAUGGAAGAGGAUCAAAUUCAACAGGGUUGCAAAAACUUUUCUAAGAAAGGCGUUGGAGAGAGCAUGUAAAGUAGAAGAAGUUCAACGAAACUGGCAUAUUGAUGAACAGAUUGAUACCUUGUCAAAUUUAGGAGAUUUAAGAAAUGCCAUAAAUUCUUUAGAGUUUUGGUACAACUACCAGUAUGAUCCGAACGAGGAAGUAGAGUACGCCUCUCUGGGUAAGGGUGUAGGAAUGAACUUGUUUCACUCAAUAGGUAAGAUUCUAUACAACACUAAACAUAAAAGUGAGGAAGUUGAAGAAUUCAGGAAGAGACACAAUAUAACCGAUUAUCAUCGAAUAGAUCCGCAUCUAGCAGUUGCGGAUAAUGUGAGCAGUGAGGUGAUGUCACAUUUAAUAAGAUUCAAUCUUUGCUGCUUGGAAAAUUAUGCAUGUAUAACUUCCAAUGUUAGUCAAGAAUUAAAUGAAUUUAUGGAGAUAUUGAGUGUGUCUGACAAUCUUAUACAAAGAAGCUCUAGUUCAAGUCAGUCCAGUAUUCUAAAUAAUGCUUCAUUUUUCAGUUGUUAUGGUAUGAGGCAUCAAUGUGAAUUAAUGAUAAGAGGUAAUGAUAAUAGUAGAAUGAGUCUUCAGGCUGGAAAUGCUUGUAAAGGUUUAGUUUAUUCGAGGGACUCGAAAUUAAAGAAACGUCAAAGAAGUACAAUGCUUGAAGUUGCUGAGCAUUUGACGAGACGAGAGCUAAGAAUGAUCAGGAGAAGGACAUUUGCCAAUAUAUGCGCCCUAGAUUUUAUUUUGAUAGAUGGUUAUUAUCAACCCUUUAUUUUUUCCAGCUUUAAGUUUCGAUAUAUGAUGUACCAAAGGGGGAAGAUGUUGGAUAGACCCGUAGAGCGCAUUGGUGGUAGAUUCACGAAUACGCUCACAGCAGAUGAUGAAAUAAUAGCGGAGGAGGAUGACCACAAUGCAGCUUCCAAAGUGGCUAUUACGCUUUUGGAAGAUGUAUACUUUGGGAGUGAAGAACACAUGAGCUCAAGUGAACAUGAUGACGAUGGCGGAGAGUUUGCAAGUGAUCCUAUAGAGGACAGUAGUGAUGAAGUUUUCAUCGAGAAUACGGGGGAAGAGGAGGAGGAUGCAGACGUGUUCAGUGACAAUUCGGAAGUAAUGAGGCUGUUUGAAGAAUAA